UCGCUCGUCCGUUAGAAUCCUCGACCCCUCCUCUACGUCCCUAGUCCGAUCGAUCCCAUCUAUUUGUACCACCACGCCUAAGUUGCGCAAGCCUGAUGCUGUAUGUCCUUUUUAGCGGGUCUAGUCCCCUGCGCAGCCUCUACGUAGCACUACACAUGGCAUGAAUGCUAAAGGAGAGCGCUCUGCAGGAGAAACCCUCCGAUGCGUCAUAUCCAGCUGCAGCAGGAUUCUUCGGGGCACUCACUUGCACCAUCCAAAGCUGCGGGCUGUAGUGCUGUUGAUUCCUAGCCUUCCUUUGCUUGCGGUCCCGAUGGCCUGGGCCAGAGCCAAUAAGCUCAGUCGUGAUGCCAAAAUUGGAAUUUCCACGUGGGCUCUAGCUGCCGCCCAUCUGAACCAAACUGCCGGGAUUUGCCAGCGAGCGCCACGGGGAAUAAAGCUCCAGCCCAGCACAUACUAUGUACAUAUACACGCAAAACUACCAACAAGCAUCUAUCGUUUCGCUACAGCGUAUUACCGCGGACCGCUCCCUGUCGCGGAAGACCGGGAAGCUUGGACGUGUAAUACAAGCAUGUAUGUACGAGUAGUCGUAGUGGUACUAGCUAAUGUUACCAGACGGCGCCAUGACAACCCCCUUGACAGCUUGACAGCUCCCCCAAAUGCCCAGCACCACUCCAAAGACAGCGAAGCACCUAUUAGCCGUUUAAUAGCUCGUCGGCGAACGGUGAUGGGACCUUUGUGGGCUGGUUCCAUGCCACCACCACCGCCGCCGCGGGCCAUGGAGAUGGAGCUCUCUCUGCACAUAGUCCUCUUUCGGCCCACCGCAGACGCCGUCGAAUCACAGACCCAUACAAACUAUUCCCCCUUGCGAGUAUCCGCUGCGGACUGGAAGCCUUCUUGGCCCCCCUUGACCAUGUCUUUUUCACCCAUACCCAUCAAAGAGCAUGGCGUAUUAGCAUGUGGCGUGGUUCCACCUAGCAUGGCGGAAAGAAGCUAUCCGCUCCCCAUGGCCAAGCCGGAGACGAGUACUACUCGGUAUGCUAGUCUGGAAGGGUGCCAGUUCAUCAGCUAUGCACGUAAAUGACAAGUGAGGGGACUAGCAAGCAAGAAAUUGUCUACCUUUGGCGAGAGAUUAUUAAGGGUCAAGAUGGCCGCAGACUGUGGCCUCUUAUGAGCAAAACAUACUAAAAGGGCAAUCGUG